AGAAAAGAAAAGGGUGCCAAGCCGGCCGUCUCCUUCUCCAGUUCUCCCCAAAGCCUCCCUACCGGUUAACCCUCGUCCCAAGUUCCGAGAAAACCCUCGCCUCCUCCUCCCCCGCCGCGAUCAAACCCCACCAUGGCCAGCGACGACGAGUGCUAUUUCUUCGAAGACGACGGAGACGAGGAGGAGGCAGUCUGGGAUGGCUUGGCCGUGGAGGCGGACGAGGAGGACCUAGGCCUGCUCGAGGAAGACGCGCCGCUGCCGCAGCUCCGCUCGGAUUGCUGGGCCAUUACACCAGAGUCCAUUUCUGCUGCACAGAAAGAGGACCUAUUAAUAGUAAUGAAUUUGCUCAACAUCAAGCAGCACCAUGCGCGCACUCUCUUCAUCUACCACCGGUGGAAGUUAGAUCGCAUCUAUGACUGCCUUGACAGGAAGGGACGAAGCCGCAUGCUCAGAGAAGCAAAUAUUGUGCUGCAGGAGAAUAGCAGAACACCCUCAAGAAGUGCCAAAUGCAAUGUGUGUUUUGAUGAUGACUUAGAUCUGACUGCUGUCUCGACCAUGGACUGUGGGCACUGCUUCUGCAAUGACUGUUGGACAGAGCACUUCUAUGCAGCCGUAAACAGUGGCAAGAUACAGAUUCGGUGCAUGGAGGUGAAGUGCCUGGCCAUUUGCGAGGAGGGCAUCGUGCGGAGCCUCCUUGGAAAGAAAUACCCCGAUGCAGCCAAGCGCUUCGAUCGCUUCCUGCUUGAGUCCUACCUUGAGGACAAUGACUCUGUGAAGUGGUGCCCCAGUGUCCCGCACUGUGGCCACGCGAUCCGUGUGGGAACUGGCGAUCGUUACUGUGAGGUGGAAUGCCCCUGCGGCGUCAGCUUCUGCUUCAACUGCAUGGAGCAGGCACACUCACCGUGCCCGUGCACCAUAUGGAAGAAAUGGAAUGCCAAGAAGCACGGCGAGUCGGAGAACAUCAAGUGGAUCCUCAAAAACACCAUGAGCUGCCCCAAGUGCUUCAAACCCAUCGAGAAACGCGACGGUUGCAACCUUGUCCGCUGCAAGUGCGGCCAGUGUAUGUGUUGGAUAUGUGGUGCGCCCACAGGGUCAGCACACACAUGGAGUACCAUCGAAGGCCACAGCUGCAACCGUUUCAAGGAGAGCAAUAACAAGGUAGACACCGGCAGGCGGCAGCUAGAGCGGUACACGCACUACUGCAACCGGUUCAAGAUCCAUGAGGACUCUUACAAGGAGCAGCAGCAAAAGCUGGGGCCGGCCAUCAAGGAGCGGGUGAAACAGCUGGAGUCUGAUCACCUCAAGCGACCAAGGACAAUCAGAGAUGGUAGCUGGCUGAUCCAGGCGCACCAGCGCCUGCUUCGGUCACGGCAGGUGCUAUCGCGGUCAUAUUCGUUUGCCUAUUACAUGUUUGGCGGUGAGCUGCGAACACACCCCGCAGAGAAGAGCAACUUGACUCCGGCACAGAAUCUAUUCGAGAACCAGCAGGAGCAGCUGGAACGUCACGUGGAGCAGCUGUCAAAGGUGCUCACGAGGGACGUCCCAGCACUUACAAACCAGGAGAUAUUGCUAGUGAAACAGGAGGCGGUCAAUCUUGCCAAGAUCAUUGGAACACUCUGCGGGGGAAUGUACAAGUGCAUUCAGGAGGAGCUGCUGCAGCUGCUCAUGGAACCCAUGAACAUUGCGACAUACAUGCCGGAGGGUCCUGACAAGGCCAAGGAGUUCCUGGUGUGACGGACGCCCAGGCUCCUCUUGGUUGCCAAGCCUGACGACCAUUGACAUGCACCGAGGCAUAUGUGCCCGUGCGGCAGGAAAUGAUGCAGGAUGGUUAGAAUACCGCGAAUUAAGAAGACCUAACCUAAGUAGAGUAGAUUGUUUUCAAUUGAAGCACGCGCGGAUUUAUCCACGUAUUUUUGGUAUCUGUACAAAGCAUUGUUCUAGAACUGUAUUUUCUGAUGGGAAAAGCACUAAUGAGCAACCACUGCUUCAUUGGCCUCUGAUCUGCAUUACGUUUGUACUUGCUUAGCUGAUCAUUUUGAUCGGGCUGUGCGCAUAUAUAUUUCUUUGGUUCCAAAGGGUA